AUGCUUCAUAUUAGUAUUAAACAGGUACUAGAAACAAAAUAUCAUGCAGUAAUUAACCCAUUGAAUACAUGGCAGCACUCUCCCCUUGACAAGUAACAUUGUCUGCCAUUUAACCAAGUAAAAUGAUAAAGUACAGCACAAUGCAACAUAAUGGCUGAGGAAUUGAAAUACACCCUUCCGGAAAGUAUGUCACUUUGGCUAUAGAGCCUCAUUUUCGUGUAUGACAUCAGUUAAAGUCCACGUCUCAAUCAUGAAAACGAUGCUCUAUAGCCAAGGUGACGCACUUUCCGGAAGCGUGUAUUGAAGUUGACUUUUAAUUUGUGCACUUAUUACCAUAGUGUUGAAAUACCUACAGUAUACAGGACUGAUACAAUGUGUGAUGUAUUUGCAGGUUGUCAUGUGUAAGUUUCAUGCAGUAUUUCUCACAGAUAAUGGCAAUGUCUGGACAUGUGGUCAUGGGCUGGGGGGUCGUCUUGGACAUGGAGAUGAAAAAACUAUCUUAGUAAGUCAACUCUACUUAGUUUAAUAUUGAACCUCAUAAAGUGAAGUUAUUAUAAAUUGUUUUUUAUUUCUGUACAUUAAAGGUUCCAAAGAAAAUUGAUGCCCUAACUGGUCAAGUUUGUACUGGUAUAGCAGCCGGCCAAGACCACACUGUCGUUCUGUGCAAAAAGUAUGGGAAACCCUCCCUCUUUCAGAAUAUUUUGUAUACUAAAUAAAUGUGUAUAAUUGUAAGAAAUGUACAUGAUUUUAUUGUCAGUAUUCUGUUCUGUAGUGGUAAUGUGUUUACUUUUGGUCUCAACAAAUAUCAUCAAAUGGGACACCAUCGUCCUGCUGCACAAUAUUUAACACCAAAACUGGUAAGUUACCAUGCCAGGCUUGUCUGCUGAAACUGUUUUACCCAUUCUAUACCUUUCCAAAUGGCAGAACACCCUUUUCAAAUGGCAAAACACCCUUUUCAAAUGGCAAAACACCCUUUUCAAAUGGCAAAACACCCUUUUCAAAUGGCAGAACACCCUUUUCAAAUGGCAAAACACCCUUUUCAAAUGGCAAAACAUCCUUUUCAAAUGGCAAAACAUCCUUUUCAAAUGGCAAAACACCCUUUCCAAAUGGCAGAACAACUGAAAAGGCAUUUUCAUUUAAGGCAUUCCUAUAAGGCAUCCUUUUAUAACUACAUGCUAAUUAUCAAACCUUGUAUAAAAGCUGAAUGAAAUAUAUGGUACUGUAUAAGAAAUCUGCAUUGUUUGACAGAUUGUGACUAAAGCUUUAAAAGGCAAGAAGUUUAUCGGGAUUGCUGCUGGCAAUUAAUCUCUGCAAGUAGAGCAUCCCUGAGGGACAUAGGCACUUCGCUCCUGUUUUGCAUCCUCAUCUGCCUCUAGAUUUGUUCACUCUGUCCAUCGAUCAUCUUGAACAUGAAAACUGUUGACAUUUGUAGGCCUCACUGUGGUUAUUAAAUCUGUAAUCUCCAUUAUUUUAGUUGAAGAAGCAAUUAGAUGUCUGUAUUCCAAGAUGUCCAUUUCAGGUACAGUGUAUGGUUAGUUUCUCAUUGACCACCAUAUUCUGUGUGAUCUACCAUCAUCUUUGCACCAAAAUAAGGGUAAAACCCACUAAUAUUUAACCAUAAAAGUACAUUCAGAACUUAUGUCAAGCUUUUUCUUCUGCUAGAACUUGGCAAGGAAAGAGAAACGUGGAAAUAUUUAAAAACUCUUCUGAAAGUUGUCACUGAUAUUCAGACAUCACAAAGUGACAAUGGUAUGCAUUUUCUAUGAAUUUUGUUGAAUCAACGUUUGCAGCCAACAGUGAUCAAUUAUUUACAUUUUAUACUUGUACACUUUGAAAAUUCCUCCUUUUUAAUCUUUGAUUGCAGAAGAUAUGCUGGUGCAUCCAAAGCUCAAUAAGACAGAGGAGAUUUUCUCAAAAACCGGUGGUGAUGCUAGGAAAACUUUGUCAUUAAACAGAGUAAGUUUGCAAUUAGCUGGGUAAAAUAUUCCUACCACUGAAAGCUAGUUCAAUUGAUUGGCACUACCUACAAAGACAGUUCCAGACUUUUUGUCAGUUGUUGAAAGAUUUUAGUACUAGUUUAAUAUCUUGCUUUCUUUAGGUGUUUUCCCGACCAAAAACAUCAAAUCAAGUUUGUCAGCUUUGUGGUAGGGUUUUUUAGCUAUGAAAUGUGUUGGUGCUAAUGUAGGUACAGUAGAUACGAGAAGAGACAGUUGUGGUGUGAAGCAUAUUACUACUAACUCAAAAAUAUAAGAAGAAUGUUUUACGUUUCAAGCGAAUACCUUUAUUAGGAGGUUACUAUCAGUAGUAGUGAAUAUAAAAGCGAUCUCAUGACAAAAAUAAACGAAUCAACGAAUGAGGAAAUGGAAAGAAUUAAGCAAUGAUACAGAAGUUUUCUACAGUAUAACAGAAUAUUCUUUCGACUUCAGGUCAGUGUUCCACAUACAGAGGCGAUGUUGAACCUGUUGUACGCACUCCGCUCAAGGAACCAGACACACCACAAGUACAUACAUACAGCAUAAUUUCUGUGAAUUUAAAUUGUUAACUAUUUCACCAAAACUAAUAAGCAAAAUUGUUAUUCUUGAACAGAUAAAAGAACAGCUUGACAAGUGUCAGCAAGAGAAAGAUGAACUGGAGAAACAAUGUAAGAAAUUAAUGAACUCCAUUGGUGCAGCUGCCAAUGCAAGAGAGGUCAGUUUACUCGUCUUUACGUCUGUUUCUUUCAAUCUCACAACAGUCUGGAGUCAGAUGCUUCCAUCACCAAAUUGUCCUUUCAAGAAAUGAAUUUUUUCUUUCACUUGUUUUUCAGAAACAAGAACUAGAGAUUCGUCAUCUUAAGAACGAACUGGGUAAAUUCCGUGAAGAGAAAGACCUUGCUAUUCAACGGGUAAGGAUAACAACCUGGCAAUGUUUCAAGCUUUAGUUUCCAUUUAUUGCACCAGCAGUCACAUGGAGGACAGGAGAAACUAAAGAAUCUCAUGUGAAUCUCACAUUACACUGUACUUAUCCCCAUCUGCUUUUGUGUUGAAGUUUCUUGGAUAGCUUGAAAGCGACCUGUUCAUUCGUAUUUUAGUGUGAGGCAACGUGCACGAACAAGUUAACAAAGAUUCAUCAAGAAGCUGAUUUUGCUGUUCACAAGGUAUCAUAUUAUUCUUCUUCAUUACCAGAUGGCAAUGAACGGUCUUCUGUUAUGUCUCAUCAUCCUCUUGAUUCUAUCAAAGAAAACAUCUCUGCAGUGCACAUGAAACAAUGGUGGCAAGCUGAGUCAAUAACUGGCUCAGGAGGCAUUGUUUCGUGUGCACUCACGCAAAUAUUGGGAAGUUUUUAUUUCAAGGAAAAUUUUCUCCCUCAGGCUCAGGAAAGGUUGGCGGAAGUAGAGAAAGACAGACAAGAUCUCCUGCGUCUUCAAUCUCUUCACAAACUCACAUGGAUUCCUGACAAGGUUUCAUUUCUUUCUGCUUUGUGUGUCUUCAAUGGACCUAUUCCCUAAUGAACAAAAUUUUGAUCUAGACAAGUCUAGACAACAAUUUCAUUACGCACGGUAUCAAUAUCCCGUGCGUAAUACAAAAUGACUGAAAAACGGCAAACUUCGCAGGGCUAUAUUAUCCGCAUUUUACAACAUUUUGCAACGAAACUUCGGAAUAUUACUAAUUUUGUCCAGACUUGUCUAGAUCAAAAUUUUAGUUAUUAGGUAAUAGGGCCAUACUGCGAGCAAAUCUCUGAUUCCUGCAAUAUGCAGUUGUAUGAUUCUGCCGUGAUCAUCAGCCUACUUCCUAAUUUAACUCUAUCAAGCACCACAGGUUUGCAAUGAUUAUUGAUGAUAUUGGUAAUUGAUUGUAUUCUUUCAGAUUGUAUCACGUUGUAUGAACACAAAAUGCAGAGCACCCUUCAGUCAGGUAUACCUAUCUACGUGAUAUAAGAUGACGUCAUAUACAUGAUGACAUCAUGAUACGAGAUCACCUCAUGGUAUGUGAUGACGUCAUGAUAUGACGUCAUGAUAUAUGAUGAUGUUGUGAUAUGCGGUGACUUUAUAUUAUAUAGUGACGUUAUGUGAUGGCGUAUUAUCAAAUCAAUCAAUCAAAUUUUAUUAACCAUAUUCAAAUAUUUACAAGCAGGUAGAAUUAUUUAAACAGACGGAUACAUAUUAUAAUGAAAAAGCUAUAAAUUUAAUUAUAAAAUAGAAGGAAAGAGUAAUAUGGAUAGAGAUUGGCAGAAGAAAACUCCAGGGAGUUUGUAGAGAAUGCCAAUCACCAAUUUUACCAGGGUCGAGUACAAACUGAGCAGGGUUUCUUAUCCAAAAUAAACUUAUUCAGCUUUUCAUCAUUUCAUCAAACAAUAAAUAUUUGAGCUUUUUUUGAAAUGAUUUUAAUGUUUUUGACAGAGUGAUAGUGUCAUCAAGCGAAUUUAGAAUAUGUUUUUUGGAUUAUAAACAACAGAUAACCAUCCAUUGCCCAUGAAGAGUUACAUUUAUUCUUUUAAGACAAGACGACGCCAUCACUGCCGGUGUUGUGGUCGAGUGUUCUGCUCAGGUUGUUCGUCACAGCUUUCACCGUGAGUAGAGAAUAGUGUUUCGUUUAUUUCUUUAUUUUAGCUUUGCUUGUAUUAAUACCCAUUUUAACCAUUUUAAAUUAUAGAAACAGAAACGAAUGUAACUGAGUAAUUUAUUUCUUGUUUUUGAAGAUCUUAAGACGAGUCUUACCUUUCUUCCAGACUUGAACAACUUGGCUACUCAGAUCCAGUGCGCAUGUGUAAUCAAUGUUUUGCACUUCUUGAUGAAACUUUUGUUGAGGUUGGAUGUACAGAGAAUGACACCUGA